UACCUGCUCCGUGCUCUCUCUCGCCCCACACACACUCUCUCUCUCACACACACAUGAACACACACAUUAUUGCCAUGAUUCUGACACACAGUCGAGCACGUUUGUGGGAUUAGACACAGUGUGUGUGAGAGUGUGUGUUUGGAGGAAUUUGGUUAAGGAUGAUACACCUCGCAUGGCUGCUGCUGAUCUCCGGGAUUCCGCAUGUUACAGCAAGUUAUCCGAUAUGGUGGUCAUUAGCGGUGGGUCAUCAGUACUCGUCUGUAGCAUCUCGGCCUGUGCUGUGCAGCUCGAUCCCGGGUCUAGUGCCAAAGCAGCUGCGGUUCUGCAGGAAUUUUGCAGAGGUGAUGCCCAGUGUGGUGCACGGCCUCAGCAUCGCCAUCCGCGAGUGUCAACACCAGUUCCGUGGCCGCCGAUGGAACUGCACUACUCUCAAUGACACGCUCGCCAUCUUUGGUCCCGUCCUAGAUAAAGCGACGAGGGAAGCUGCAUUCGUUCACGCCAUCGCAUCUGCAGGAAUAGCAUUUGCCGUGACCCGAGGGUGUGCUGACGGUUCAACUACGAUCUGUGGCUGUGAUAUGAUACGUAAAGUUCCACCAGGGGAUGGGUGGAAGUGGGGCGGCUGCAGCGAGGACAUCAACUUCGGAAACAUGGUGUCACGAGAAUUUGCUGAUGCACGCGAGAACCGACUCGAUGCCCGAUCUGCCAUGAACCGCCACAACAAUGAGGCCGGCAGAGUAUCCAUCACGGAGCACAGGUACCUGAAGUGUAAAUGUCACGGACUGUCAGGAAGCUGCGAGGUGAAGACAUGCUGGUUUUCACAGCCAGACUUUCGCAAAAUUGGUGACUACAUGAAGGACAAAUAUGACAGCGCCUCUGAGAUGGUGGUGGAGAAACACAGGGAGUCUCGGGGCUGGGUUGAAACCCUGCGGCCCAAAUUUGCCUUCUUUAAACCGCCCAUGGAGACAGACCUCAUCUACUACGAAAGUUCACCCAAUUUCUGUGAGCCGAACAAGGAAACGGGUUCGUUUGGGACGCAAGAUCGCACGUGUAACUUGACGUCGCACGGCAUCGACGGCUGCGAGCUGCUCUGCUGCGGCCGAGGACACAACACGAAGACAGAGAGACGCAAAGAGAAAUGUCACUGCGUCUUCCACUGGUGCUGCUACGUCAGCUGUCAGGAGUGUAUGCGCGUCUACGACGUCCACACCUGCAAAUAACUCGGAGUACGGAGAAAAUCGGUUUCCUUAUUAACCUGCUAAAAUAGUGCUUAAAAGCAGGGUGUGUCCUGACUUUCCUGAGUGACAAGGCUUUCUUUAUUUCUGGAUGCUUAACAUAAAAUAUUGAUUCUAAAAUCUGAUUGGCUGAGCUGCAUUCAAAGCAGAUGUAUAUAAUCAUUCUAUUAAUGCACCAAUGAGAGCGUUACAUGUAAUGCUCUGAACACAGAACGCCUUAAUCUUCGCCUGUCAUGUUGCUUAGCAACCAGUACUUACUGCUAACAAACUACAUUGCAUGGACGAAGAAUUGUUUAUAGCAAAAAUUAUUAAUAAUAAAUUCAGUUAUUUAUUGAACACUAGAUUUUAUCAUAUUGUUUCUGUCGUGCAGGUAUGGGGGUUUUUACUCCACUUCGCGUCGUACCUGAGAACACCUUUACCUGUGAUAAAAUCAGUGUAACGCACAUCCUUAAGUCUUAUUGUUUUAUUUUAAUAAUAAUUAAGUUAGCUAGCUAAAUAAAGCUGAUGUUAACAUUAUUUAGCUAAAUGCCCUUGUUAACCCAAAAAUGCUUGUCACUCUGCAAAAUCAGGACCUCCGGGAACCUGAGGAGCACAAAAACAAGUGGUUCCCCCAAAAACCUGUGUGAUCAUUCCUUCAAGAACCUUCUGUGGAAAUAUCUCUGGAUUAACGUCGAAAUGUCGAGUAACGGUCUUCCAAAAACAACCUGUAUCAUCAUUCCCUACUGUAAUAGAUUAAAGAGAAAGGUCGAAACGGAGGUCGUCGUAGAUCCUGCACUGAAAAAAGGGGGCGUGUCUUAUU